GGAGCGGCCUGCCAGUCAGACGGUCGGUGGGUCCGGGUUAGCUGGACUCAUAGUUGGUUUAAGGGCCGUGGGGGUGAAGCUGGAGGCUCUGCAGCGCGUCCGUCCUCAGGGGCUUCAAUAGGCAGCCACAGUGUAAAAUGACUGGACAGUUGAGAUCUGACAUCAAUUUAAAUGAGCCACGAUGGGACCAGGGGACCUUCAUAGGAAGAGCCAAGCACUUCUUCAUGGUGACUGACCCUCGCAACGUUCUGGCCUCUAGUGAAGCGCUGGAGGCAGCCAAGACUAUUAUCAAGAACUAUAAGCAUGGCAAGAUCCAGCCAGGACUGACUGAAGAUGAGCUCUGGCAAGCAAAGUACCUCUAUGAUUCCGCUUUUCAUCCAGACACAGGGGAGAAAAUGAUUCUGAUUGGCCGUAUGUCUGCGCAGGUUCCGAUGAAUAUGUCGAUAACUGGCUGCAUGCUGACAUUUUACAGGACAACCCCAGCAGUAGUCUUUUGGCAAUGGGCCAACCAGUCCUUCAAUGCAAUCGUUAACUACACCAACAGAAGUGGAGACGCACCGCUGACAGUAGGCCAACUGGGCACGGCAUACAUCAGUGCAACUACAGGGGCAGUGGUCACAGCUCUUGGGCUGAAGUCUCUCACUAAGCAUUUGCCUUCCCUGAUUUCUCGUUUUGUGCCCUUUGCUGCAGUAGCUGCUGCCAACUGCAUCAAUAUCCCUCUCAUGCGACAGAGAGAACUUAAGUAUGGGAUACCAAUCACAGACGUCAAUGGAAAUCGACUUGGGGAGUCAGUCAAGGCAGCACAGCAAGCCAUUGUCCAGGUUGUGGUGUCUCGGAUUGGUAUGGCGAUACCUGCCAUGGCAAUACCCCCAGUUAUCAUGAAUGCUUUGGAAAAGAGAGCAUUUUUAAAGCGUUUCCCAGUGUUCAAUGCCCCAACUCAAGUCGGUCUGGUGGGCCUUUGCUUGGUCUUCGCUACUCCUCUGUGCUGUGCACUUUUUCCACAAAAAAGCUCCAUGAAGGUUUCCAGGCUUGAACCAGAACUUCAGGCUCAGAUUCAGGCGAGAGAUUCCACUAUUAAAGUUGUGUACUUCAACAAAGGCUUAUAGGUCAUUGUCACAUCAGCAACCUGGCCAAGACAGUCAACAUUUCACCUCAGAAGCAACAGUAACUGUCCCUUCAAUUGUCUGAAAUGAGCAUCCUGCAACCUGUCCAUCCUAGAAGCUGCUUGUAAGUCACCCCAGGAGGGUGUAGGGAAGUAUCCUUGCCCAAGACAAGGAUGCUGUUAUGCUAAAAGGGGAAACAAAUUAUUUAUAUCAUUGACCACUGUAAAUUUCACUCUCAUUUUAAAUGACUGACUAGAACCUGACAGAUGUUUAAAUAUUAUGUAGGAUGACGUGGAAAUUAAUGCUUCCCUGGAGACCAGGAAACCUUGAAUUUCCAAAUGGAAUUGUUAACUUUUAAAUUACUAGGAGUGGGAAUAAAUAAUUAAUACCAAACUGCACUAGUUAUCAUGACGAAUACACAUCUGCCAACCUCUCCAACCGCUCAGGGAAUCCAUAAUUCAUCCAGUCCAAUUCCUGCUUAUGUAGUUUAAACUUAGAACCUUCCAUAUCCAUUUCUUCCAAGAUUGUCCACAGCAAACUCAAUGAAAGGUUCACAAAUGCACAAAGCAGUCUGUUGGGUUUUUUUGGGUUUUUUUUGUUCAUCAUUUAAAAUACUGCUUUGUUACAGUUUGUUUACUUUGGUUCACUGCCCUCCUUCCAUCCUCGCCUUUUCAGAAUUUGAGAUUACUUGCCAUGGACAAUAGGGAAGUAUCUUCCAUUCAAGAGAGCGCCCCUUGCGUCUGCAUUUAAUCAGCUUUACAGUCUGUUCUGGUAGGAAUCUUCAUUCUGCACCGGCACACAGUUCUGUUUGGAUUGCAACUUCCCAUCAAACAAUACUGUUCAAUUCUGAAUCUCUGAAGAAGAGUCUUCAGACAGUCUCCCCCUCUCCUGUCAUUUAGCAGUCACCAGACAAGGUUUCUCACUGUCUGUGUCCCACAUUCAAAUCUCUCCAGAAUAAAAAAACUUGUAAUCUUACUAAAUAGUAAACUGAAAUUUGGGCAUUUCUCUCUCUUGUUAUCCCUUAAUUCUUUAAUCCCUAAUUUGAAAUUAUGUGAGGAGAAUUAGCAGAUCCUGAUGGUGUGUGAAACUCAGUCACGACAACUCCCUAAUAGUUCUGCUGCUCCGGUGAUAAUAUAUACUGUUUAUCAAAGUCAGUCGCAUCAUGAAUGGGAAAUUAAGUGUAAAACUGAUCAUUAUAAUAGCUGUUAUAACAUCCUAAAUUUUAAUCUGAUGCACGUUGCAUUUGAAGUGCAGUCACUGUUGCUACACAUGAGCAAACUCAGCAGCCAGAUUGUGCACAGAAUGGUUUUGUUUUUGACUAGAUGGGUAAUGAUAGAAAUCUAAACGUCCACCGGAACAUGUGAUUGUGAGGCUGGCGCACAUAUCUGACAGUGACCUUUGGAAUAUUUUGUAUGUGGAAAUCUUUUGACAAGUCUGAAGCCUCAAAACACUGCCUGAUUUCUCUCACUGCAAAUAGGAGUAUCUGUGUGAAAAUCACUCCACUUGGGGCAAGAAGGAAUUUGUUGCUAUUGUUUCUCAGAUGCAUGGCAUGACAGUGCUGUGUGUCACAAUGGACCAGGUACCUGUUCCUCUUGGGGAUCUCAAAUAUCCAAGGACGCUAAAAUGACGAUUAUACAAAAGCACUGUGUGGCCCCACACGUUUGAAUGAGGCUACACAAAGACCUUGUGAAGUGCACUCUAGUUUCUGGUGAAGUUGCUGGCCGUAGCCCAAUGUAUUUGAAGUACCUUGAAUAUAUUCAAGUUCUGAUAGUCAAAACUAUAAAAGGAAUAGAAAUAUUGUGUGAUUUUUAAAAAAACAAAUUCUCUGUGUAAUAAGUGACUUGCAGAUGGUUGAUUAUUGGUGCUUCAGUUUUUCUCAUGUUCAGGUCUGAGUGAGGAAGUUGUAACAUUAAUUAGUAGACAUUAGAAGUUUUUUUUUUAGAGUAAUUGUCAAUAGAAUCAAAUGUAUUGUAACCGGGUUUUUCUUGGGGUAAUGACUCAAGAUGCUCAUAGUGGAACCAAUGACUUUGAAACCAGGUGCUUCAUAUUUAACUAACGCCCCCAAGUUAAUAAAAGAGACCGCCUUAAAGCCUUUGAAUGAAAUAAGCACUACUGCAUCUGAAAAUAGCAACAUCUGCUAUAGCACCAACCUAAGUUAAGAACAACUGAGCAUAAGAAAUAGGACCAGGCCUGGACCAUGUUACCCUCUGAGCCUGUUCUGCCAUUCAGUAAGAUGACUGAUCUGAUCUCCUGACUUCACUUUUUUUGCUUGCUGCCCAUGAUCCAGAAAUGCAUCUGGACAAGAGCCAAACAUGUGGAAAAAGACCAAAGACUGCUUAUUUAUAUAUUCUUGACCUUGGGUCGCUUGAAUUGCACACUUUCCAUGUUCUGUAUAAGGGUAUUUACAAAGUUUUUCUUAUUUCAGUAAGCCCAGUAUUCUAACAUGGCAUACUUUUAUGAGUCUUUAAGGGAAAAACUUCAAGAAUCAUUAAAUUAAUAGGUUUUCAACCAAAACCUUUUCUGAUGUAGGAUCUAUCUAAGUUCCAGUGGGUCUCGGUCAAUACAUGCUGGGUCCACACUGAAAAGCAAGGGGCUUCCAUGUAUAACAAUUGGCAGGGUUGUCUUUGCCAGCUGUAACAAAGUGCCUCCCUCCACAGUAGAUUUCUGCAGACUUCUGUAAGCAUGUGCCUGUAUGAUCUAUGGGACAACUCCCAAUCAGGAUCACCCACUGUUAUUCAACCUUGGUUUGGAACUGGGGGCUCUCAAUACAUUUGCACUUACCUCUCCCCAAUGCUCAGUGGAAAAUGUUACCAGAGAGGGUUAGGAUCCACCAAACCAGCUGAAGCUCAGGGACCAUGAGAAAAGAAGUUGUUAGAACUGUUUAACGUGUAUCUCAAUGUAAGCACAACCAUGCCAAAAAAAAUCCUACUGCUUUAAUCAUAUAAGCAUUGUAAAAUCAAAAUCUGUAUUGGGAUGGAAUUCUGAAAAUACCAUUGAAGGUAUUGGGGAUUUAAAGUUACUGCCUAAUGAAAGUGACGCUGUGUAAAACUGUCCAGAAGGUGUUCAAUAGUCAUCAGUGUCCCCAGUGCAAAGCCUGACUCCAAACAGCUGGAAAAUCACAAGAGCUGCAAAUCAAGUGCUUUCCUGAUUUCUCCAUUUAUGCUCUCAGCAGGAAGCUCUCUAUUCCUAAUUAUUUUGUGAGCCUAAGCUGAAAUGUAAACAAAAGUUCCCUUGGAGAAAGUGCAGCAAACAGAUAAUUGGUAGAACAUUAAUGCCCUGCUCAGUGGAACAUUUAUAAUAGUUCCAUUAAUGCUUCAUGUAGAAAUUGUUAAAAACAGAUACUGUUGCAUCACCACAACCAUUAACUGGAGCACUAAGGACCACUUUGAAGACCUCUAGCAGGGACGGGUAAUAAACAGUCAGUGAUUAGAUUGAGGGUUUUCUUGACAACAUUGGUUUGGGUUCCCAGUGUUAGCAUGAGAAGUCCCUGGGACGGUGACUGGGUUUUGCAUUCCUGGUGAAAGAGGACAAAGCUUCUCAUGUACUCGACCACGACAUUUAGUCAAGAGCUUGAUCCUGCAGGUUAUAAUAGUGAAUUUCAAAGGGAACCCCGAAAGCCAAAUUAAUGGCAACAUUUUGGCCAUUGAGAAGAAAAGAUGAACUAGACCCUGCAUAAGCUGGCUGCUUUUUGUGAUGCUAUUUCCAAAGCUAAAGUAUGUUUCUUUUUGUGAUGCUGUUUCCAAAGCUAGAGUAUGUUUCCUUAUGUGAAUUUUGUUGCCUGUAUAAUAUCAUUCAUUCACUCCUGCUAGUGACAAUUCAAAAUCAGUCCUGUGAUGUUUCAAACAAUACUGAAAACAACCACCUCACAGAAAGCUCUCCCUUUGCAGUACAAAUUCCACCCAAUUUUAAAGUUCAAAGUUAAUCCUUGAUAUAUUCUAUCUUGUUCUAUGAGGAUAAUCACAGACUUGGCCACCAGUUCAUUGAAGCUCAGAUGCCAUUUUGUUUGCAGAAUUAGGUGUGGGUUUCAUCCUGAGGAUUGGAUGCAAGGGCACCAAGGGCUUUGAUCUUUAAAGUUGGUGUGUUUUGGAAAAUUCAUUAUCUGGCUGUGAGUAUCACUGACGAGAUCCCCUAGUUACCCUGCUAGGCAACAGAGGGACGCAAUUAAUAAUCAACAGUGAUACUUAAUGAGGUUAAUACUUUGUAUAUGAUGCCAUCAGAACCUUUACUGGAAAACCUCAAGUUAUAAUGUCUAAAACAAUGCACACCCAAAAAAAACACUGUAGAAUACAUGUUAGUGUACUUAUUAAACCAUUUUCUAUUUAAAUUGUUCCACCAAAGCGCAGAUGAUUAAAGAGAAAUAUUAUCAACUAUGGGUUUAUUAUUUAAAAGUGUUAGAACUAUUCUGAAUAUGAGCUAUCAAAGUAGCCAGUGGCUCAGGGACAGUUCUCCCUCUGGUUUUCCUCUAUCAGAUUGGUCUUGAUCUCCACUCCACACUUUUUUUGGAUCAGGAACAAGAUGAUUUGGGAGAACUGUGGCAGAAACACCAGACAUGACUGACUUGUUUGUUCUAUUAUGUAUUCUGAGACUAGUAUGUGUUCCCACUUAUUAAGCUAUGCACUACCAUGGUAGAAAUGAGUUUUGUAUGUGGGUUUAUAUGUUGUGGAUGGCCUGUGAUUUAUUUUAUACAACUGUUAUGGUACAUCCGUGCAGUUGGUGCAAUUAACUGUCUGUGUUAGUGUGGAGUCAUUGUUACUGGAAAAAAUGGGAAAUAAACCCUAUUUUAAAAUUG